ACAGAUGGUAACAUUUCGGCAGCAAAAUGGCUUCCCUGACAGUGAAUUGGCUUCUUUAUAAAGUCGAAUGUUUUAUCAAAUUUUGGUCGAUCAAAGUAUAACUAACUGAUGAGAAAGAUUGCGUAUUCUAGAAAAUGAAAUCGCUUGGAGCAUUUGACAAUAGAACACGAACACGUUCCAAAGGUUCGAAUUCACCAUCAACUCCAAAGACAACUAGUCAGUCUAGAGGAACUAGAUUCGGCAGUAGAAUUAAGGAUUAUGGUUGUACUGUCCGUGAUAUUGAAACCUUCAUCGAUGAUGAACUGUACCGUUUGAAUUAUCACCCAGAUACAACUCCGCAUGACCGCUACAUCGUCCAUAAACAUGCUUUUGAUCAUCUAGUAGAAGAGAAAACUGUGGUUUACAAACCUGUGUUAGCCACGAUAAAAGCUGAGUAUGAAGACUGCAUUAAUGCUCUUGAGAAAGGCCAAAGCCAGGCAAUUUAUUUGCAAGGAAUGGUUAAAGCUCUACUUGUUGAAAAGUCGACGUUGACUCAGUUUGUAAGACGUGGUGAUGAACUCGAGGAAAAGCUAGAAAAACUUCGUGCAGCAAACAAGUCUCUCAAAAGUAAAGUUCAGAACUAUCGCGAGGAAAGAGAGCGAAGAUUAGCAUCUGCAAGGAAGAAGGAAAUGCAAGGUGUUAACAAAAAGGUUCAGCAUACCAUCCCUGGUCUUAGCGUUGAUGAACUUACAGAUGUUCCAACGCUUCGCCGCACACUGAUCAAACUCGAGAUGCAGCUCAAUCAGCUGACUGAAGCAAACGAAACACAAUACGUAGAAAAAGAACAGAAAUCAGUCUUAAAGAAACAAAUCACAAAGAAAGAUGAAUCAUUACAAGACACUCUAGAGCAGCAUAACAAGUUGAAGGAGAGGUGUGAUGUAAUGAAAUAUAUUGUUGAGACUUCAAGAAAAGCACUUGCAAACCCUCAUAAAGAUAUUCACCUGAAGGAUGUUGUAACAAAAGCUCUAUCAGAUUAUGGCAAGAGUAAAUACAAAAAGGCAACUAAUUCACUCCAGCAAUUCAUAAGCUUUGACGAUGAUGAUCCCAUUAAAAAGAAAGAAGCAGAGAGAAUGAUUGAGUAUUGYGACCAUUUCAAUAACCUGUUUGACUUUGGUCAAUAUGAAGCAGCUGCCAUCCAUGCUGCUAACUCUCCAUUUGGGAUACUUAGAAACUAUGAAACCCUGAUCCGGUUCAAGCAAGCAGAUGAAGUCGAAGGUCAAAGAAAGCCAUUGCUGAUUUUUUGUGAUGCUCUAAUGGAAACUGCAUGUGCUGCACAGCCCUUGACACAAGCAAUGUCUGUGGAAUGUAUMAAAUGUGCUCUAAUGGAAGAUUGUCUUGACUUGGCAACACAUUGGUUGGCACAAGGGAAGCUGUCAUACUCAAUACCUCUUGGAGAGGUUCUGUUUGAACACUGUAAAUGUGUCACAAAGUGUACUUGUGCCUGCACAAUACUUGCACAAACAGUGUACACUCAUGUUGGUGCACAUGAACGAGCAGCAAAGUGUCUCAGUAAGCAACAAAAGUAUAGUACACUUUUACAUUACAUUCAAAGAUAUGCUAAAUUUCAAAUAAGUGAUUACAAGAACUUAUUGCAGACAGCUCCUUCAACUGAUCUUGCUCAACUAAUGUUGACAACAAAGUUGUCUUCUAAAUAUGAUGUCCCUGUUCUUACUUUGGCUAAUGUUGCUUCUAUUCUCUUGAACAUUGGAGAGGAAACCAUACUGAUUCAAGUAAUGAAGAACCUUCAAAGUCAAAACAAUGAUGUCCUACAACAAUUAAUUAAAAGAAUAGCUUUUGAGGAGAUGGAUGACAUGACUUUGGACAGAUGGUCAGAAGUUGUUGGACUUUGUGAAAAGGAAGGCAUGAUAGAUGUGGGAAUUGAAAUCUUAUCAGCAGUUACAAUAGGGGAAGCUCUGAAUAGAGCAUCUAUUGCUUUCAGUAUGGACUAUAUUUCAUAGCUAUUUAGCUUUUUUUCAAGAUAAAUGUUUCAC